CAUCGUCUUGAGCAGUGGAGUGGAGAGAAGCCGGCUGGUAUCCAUUGGGGUUUUCGUCAUUGGGUGAGAUCGCAUCGAGUUUCGGGGAUUGCGGGGAAGGGCCGCUGUCUGCACAUUACGCGGACGUCACAUCGGGGCACUACACAGUGCUUAUUUCAUCUGCCGAUGAUUUGGCAUCUGCAUUGUGCUUGACUCCACUCGAGUUGCUUCGCCAAUACCUCGGAAACGGCAUAGACACGAAUCUGGCGUUAUCCGUGUGGCGUAUGCCAGCGGAUGCACGCCUUCUCCGCACCUAUAAACAGACAUGAAGCCCGGCGACUAUAUAACACGUUCGGCACCACCCUUGUUGUCGACAUCCACACCUUCAACACCUACACAUGGGAGACUGAAGAGUUCAACACUCUUCUGGCGCGUCACUGGCUUGAUUGCAAGCCUCGUUCUUUUUACAAUGUACACCAACAACACUACAAUGGACACAGUGGACACAGAGAUAUCACCAAGCAACCAUUCCAUUUUCAUUCCCUUUAUCUUCGAGUUCAGCCCCAAACAUGUUCCACAAGUCAUGUGUACAGUUGAAGGCGUUGACAUCCAUAUGCCCGUGGACACUGGAUCAACCGGGACUUUGAUAGGAGCUCCAAUACUACUCAACAUACCAUCGACCGCGGGCACGCCAGCACACCACUUCUUUACGAGCAGUAAGAUCCUCUAUGUUGGUCGAAUGGUUGAGCUAGCCAUGAACUUUACUGGCGAAGGUGGCUCAUACGCGACUGCAAAGGUCCCUGUACUUGUUGUUGACAAGAGCUGGAGAUGUCCUUGGUAUAAUCCCCUGGUUGACCGGUUCGAGUGUCCAGCAGGUCCACACGGUGAACAAGCCGUAGAACGGGACACGUCGCAAAUCACCUACAUGGGCAUUGGUUUCGGAAGAAACAGCCUAAAGGAUGGCAUGCCCUUUGCUACACCUCGCGUCAACCCGCUCUUAAACCUCUGCACUAUUGAUGGAGAGUCUGUUAAGCGUGGGGCGAUGCACGCUGGAUAUAUUGUAUCACGUGAGGGUGUCCAAGUUGGCUUGACGCCGACAGCCAUCCGAGAGUUUGCUUUUACCCAGCUGGAACCUGGCUUGACCUGGGUGGAGGAUAGCAGGGAUUGGGCGAUGGCAAGCAUGUGCUUCAGCGUCAAUGGCGAGGGAAGGAAUUGUGGUAGUGUGCUUGUCGACACUGGCAUAGCGCAGAUGUAUAUCAGAGCGGAGAAAGGCGUUUCAAUGCCGACCAUCGUCAUUCCCAAUCCCAACCCAAACGGUCAUGCGAAGGUGGUGAAGCGCGUGAAGCCAGGCACCAAGAUCACCAUUGGCUUUCCAUCCCUUGACCAGCCAGCCAUGUCUUACUCGUUCACCGUUGGCGAAAAAUCAGCCAUUGAGCCCAAUUAUGUCUUCCCUCAACUAUCCAAUCAUUCGCCCUAUAUCAACACGGGGAGAAACUUGUUGUUCCGCUAUUCGAUAGCCUUUGAUGCGGUAGGAGGGCGAUUCGGAUUUCGGUCGGUUGGCAACUCUGCCACGGCUUCUGUAUUAUAGCCUGCGAAUCGCGAAUGAAGUAACAGACCAAAUUUGAACCAGCAUGAUUCAGCUCUUCUUUCC